GUGCUAUUCUCUUUUUUAAACAAGUAAUACCAUCAAAGGUCGUCUCCAUAGCAACCUGAAGCGUUCAGGAAACAAAUUGUAAAACAUGUUCUUCUCACCGAACAAUAGCAGACAGGGUAAACUUUUAUUUCGUUUAUCAUGAGCUCAACAACGAGGAGUAAAUCUCAUGUUUCGGUACUGACGUCAGCGAUAAAUCCACUUGCAAACCCAAGAGGGGCGAAAAAGCUUUGUGAGCUUUGUCAAAACCUUGCGUACCUGCAAUGCACCAAAUGUCGAGUAACUUUCUACUGUGACACGGAACACCAGCAGGCUGACUGGGUAGGAAUCCAUGAGAAGAUCUGCCAGCUGCUCAUCCCCAUCCGCACCGCAAUGCCCUUCCACAGCCUGCAGGCGGACAGAGACCACCACCGCACCCAGAUACUGCACAGACAAGAGGAGCUGAUUGAGAUCUCCAGGGCUGUGGCUCAGAAGAAGCUGUUCGAGGGGAAGUAUCAGGAGUCACUGCCUGCCGCCCAGCUCUCCCUGCGCUGUGCUAUGGAUGUCUACGGCCCCAGUGCUGUCCAGCUGGUCCCUGCAUACCUCCUGCUGGCGGAGGCAAACGUGGGUCUGGGCAGUCUGUCCCAGGCAGAGGGGUACCUGUCUCAGGCCGAGUGGACGGUGAUGAAGACGCCCGAGUGUAGCCAGACCGUCCGCCACCAGCUGCACCGCAACCUGGGUCGCCUCUACACCGCCACGGAAAACCUGGAGGGAGCGCUAUUGCACUUUGCCAACGACGUGUACUAUGCCAGUGAGGAGUAUGGCUUGGAUAACAUUGUCACUUGUGGUGGCUACUUUCUGAUGGCCAAUGUCUUUAUCAAGCAAGAAAAGAUGGAUAUUGCCAGUUCCUUAUACACUGAGGUAGCAAGUACAUGGCACUCUCACCUCACCAAACUUUUGGAGACGCAUACUCCAGGAUCCAUGACGCUGGAGCACUUUUUUGAUGAAGCUCAGCAGGCGGAAGCGGACCAGAUGCUAAGGGCCAUGCUGAAGGUUCCGGAGAGUAGCCCCAAGCAGGCUACGGCCCAGAACACCCUAGUGGCCCACUCUCUGGCCAUGCUGUGGUUCCUGGGAGGAUCCCCAGACAAGGCACUGGAGUUUGGCAGGAAGGCCCUGCAGUUCAGCCAGCUGGUCCCAGACCAUAGCCUAACAGAGCCCAUCCAGGGCCUGCUGCAGCUGGUAGCAGAGAGAGGCCCACACCUUACCAUCGCAAGCUGACUGCCCGCCUGCCUGACCGCCGGUCUUCUUGACUGCCUGUCCAUCCACCAGCCUGCUACCUCCUCAGCACAACACAAAAGAAGCACGCUCUAUACAUGAAAAAAUGGGCCAUAGUAGAAUCAUUACAGAAUAAAAUAUGUUGUGACUUUCCGUGGUGACUUCUGAUAGGAUGUGACUGAACAGUAAGGAUGUGUCAUACCGGUGUGUGUGUUUUUGAGUUGAGAAUAGAAAAGACCCAUGAUGCAGACAUGUUGGGAGAGGUACAUUUCAGAUGUGAUGUUCAGGCUCAUAUAUGUCCACACUUGAGACAUCUUCUAUUCCCAUUUGUGGGUAUUAAGUAUGCAAUUACACUUGCCAUGUAGUUUCUAAAUAAAUAUCAGGUAACUUGCGGUCUGUCAAAAUUAGCGUCACCCCGUUUUCAUUAAUAAGAUAAUGCUGGCAUCUCAUUGUACGUGAGUGAAACUUUAUUUGAAUAGUGACAGAACACGUCUGUUUUGAAUAAUGACUCAUUUUAUUUGAAUAAAAAAAAGAGGUGUGUCUUUA